AUGGCGCCAACCCUUGCCAUGGGUGGAGGAUGUGACCGCGUGGAUUUAGUCCUGGCGACUUCGAAAUCCAUCUUGCAGAUUGCUAAAGUUCUCAGCGGUCGCCAAACAGAGAGAGAAGUCAGAAAACUCUUGCGUCAUUUCAUCGUUCACUGCAUGCUGGUGUUUGACCAGGUCCAGCGGAUUAGGACUAUACUGGUUCCAGAAAACGACCUCCUUCUUCGAGCCCUUGGGUUGUUUGAGUCGCUAAUCGCGCUUGAUGCCACAUCAAAUCAUCCUUAUGGACGUCAGCUGGGACUGAAUAAGCGUUGGUAUGCUAUGCGGACUCAAAAUGCCGAUGCAAAACUUGCUUUUGCCAGCCAUUGUUUGGUCUUGAACCAAACUUCGACCCUCCAUGCUUUGGAUGAGUCCUUCAAUACGUGGGAGGAAGAAGUCAUGGCAAGAUAUCCAGAAGACGGACUGGACUGGUCAUUAGAUGACUACAACCCACCAAAGGAGAAAAGACCAGAGCCGUCAUACACUAUUCAUAUCGCAGCACGGUUGAUGUUCAAGGCUCUGGCUCGAAGCACGAGUUGUGAGUGCUGUACCAAACAUGAUGCUCGGCUCUGUCUUCGCACAUACAGGACGCUUGAUGUACGUCAAGAUGAUGAUGAUGAGACCAAUUACUUUGAGAUGCUCCUUUCAUCGCAUCAUGACUGGCAAGAAACACGUGUGCACACUAUCCGGAAACGUGUUGUGCGCUUCAUAGUCGACAACGGGACCCAGCCAUCGCCACCAUCGAAGAAAAAGCUGGACUACACGCCUAUGCCAGUCAAGAAACUUUGUGACCAGCUAAGAAAGAUGCAAGCAAUGGUCUCAAAAAGACUCGAGUUCAAGGUCGAAAACGGCCGUCUCUUAAAGCUACGGUCCGAAAAGAGCAAGUUUCGGAUCGACAAAAGAAAAGCACCCAUGUCAUUGCAACAAUUCAUUAGAGAAAGCCCUAGAUCUCUAACAGAAAAGACCAAACGAAUCCUUGCUGUUUUAUUAAGCUACACAGUCCUUCAUCUGCAUGACACCCCAUGGCUUCAACCCAGCUGGAAUUCCUCAAACAUCUUUUUCUUUCAAACAUUGUCCUCCAAUAUUCCCUUAAGACCGUUUAUCCAAACUCAACUGACUGCUCGAGAUCUCAAUGAUGAGGCACAGGACGAGCAAAAGCCUCAAUAUAAUGCUGGUCGUGUUGAGCUUGAGAGAGAUCUAAACGGUUUGUAUUCUAACAAUCUAGAUCCUGACGAUCUAGACCCCGACGACCUGAAUCCUGACGACAUCUAUACGGAUCCCGAUGACAUUGAGCACCCAUUUCCGUCUCUAGUCACCCUUGCUAUUGUACUCAUGGAGCUUUACCUAGCGGCGCCGUUCGACAUACUCGCCAAGAACCGUGACUUGCACUUUCCAGACAACGUCGACAGCCGCACAAGAUCGCUCGAUGUGGCAUCCGUCUUCAACGAAUAUAAGCGAGAGAUUCCUCAGAAUUCUCAAUUUCAUUAUGCUGUAGAAAAGUGCCUUGAUCCAAGGAUCUGGGAAGACGGCAAUGGUCGAAAGCUUGAUGAUCAGGCGCUGGGCGUCAGGAUUUAUGAAGAAGUUGUCCGACCACUUGAAGAUGAGCUUUGUAACGCUUUCGACUUUAUCAAAAUUGAGGAACUCGAUGCAACUGCCGAGAAUUUGGACUUCAGGAGCUGGGGACAGGCCAUUUAUCAACACGAGGAAGAUACUUCUUCCAGGGGCACGCCAGUAUCUCUAACAGAGGGAAUGUUCUCUAUUCAACGCCAUGAUUGGGCAAGAAUAAACGAUUCUGUUUCGUACUGUUUUCCUAGCCCUGAUUUGGAAUCAAGCCGUCACUCAGUUACCAGCUCCAAGUACUUGGCCGCGAAGUUCUAUGACGAUGAAAAGCCUUCCGAUAGCCACUCACGUUUAGAAAUGGAGGAUUACAUGCAAUGGAGAUUAAAACAUCAAGCGGUCCUUCGGAAGUUUAUAGAUCCUUUUCUAAAGCAUCCACCAGCGAAUCCUGUCAAAAUUGCGGUCCUUGACUCUGGUGUGGACGACAUCCAUAUGUCACUCGACACUGGUCAAAUCAAACUCAAGAGAAACUGGACGACAACAAACAAGAAAGAUGUUGCUGAUAACAUUGGCCAUGGAACCUUUACGGCUAGUUUGUUGAUAGAUUAUGCUCCAGAUUCGGACUUAUUCAUUGCCAAGAUUGCUGAAGGGAUUCCCUCGCCGCCUGAAGUAGUUGCACAGGCAAUAAGAACAGCUGUAGAUGAGUGGAAGGUCGACAUUAUCUCCAUGUCUUUUGGAUAUCCUACCAAUCAGAUGGAAGGCUAUGCCCAGCUUGAAAGUGCCAUACUGUAUGCCUAUUCCAAAGGGGUUCUUCUUUUUGCAGCUGCCUCAAACAGCGGGGCGAAUUUGGACCGAGCAUAUCCUGCUCGCGAUCCACACGUCUUCUGCGUCCACUCAACGGAUUCGAACGGGAACAGGUCGAAAUUCAGUCCAACGCCGCUUUCUCAAGAAUUCAACCUUGCUACCAUUGGGGAAGCGGUCGAGUCUGCAUGGCCUGUAAAGCUCUGCAACACAGAAACAAACCCACGUUGUGUCCAAUGGAAGUCAGGAACCUCAUUUGCCACACCAAUAUUAGUAGGCAUUGCGGCGUUCCUCAUCCAGUAUGCUAGGAUUCACCUGCCAGACAAAGCUCAUAUGCUGAAGCGCCAAGAGAAGAUGAAGAGCGUGCUUUUGAAAAUAUCUGACAAGACUCAGCAAUCCAUAGCUCGUGAUGGUUAUAGCUACAUUGCACUCAAUCUGUUUGCGGAUAAUCUCUUUGGUAAAAGCAAAGCCUUCAUAGAUGAAACCAUUGGGGAAUUGUUGAAACGUUAA